AACUCUAGCUGCCACGUGGACGGUUGCAAUUCAAACUCAAAUGCAUAGUGAAGAGAAGAGAAUAUUCUUCAGGAUUUUAGGGUUUGAGAAGGGCUUUAGUAUGGAGGAGCGAUGGCGCGCGCCCGAGUGGCUCUAUCCGUGCUUGAUCGCCGGAUCGGGAUGUGCUCUAGCGCUGCGGGCUUCGAUCGCCAGGAAAUAUGGCGCCGCGCCUCGCCUUUCACCUACAUUCGUUGCGUUCCAGAGGAGGUUUUUUCAAGUUUUCUUGCUGGCUUUAGUGGCCCAUGGUUUCCAAAAUGUGUAUGUAGAAGCUCUGUACAAGAGCUAUGGAUUGCAGAGAAAGGAAAUAGCUCGUCUUCUCCUGUUUGGUCACGCAGCAGCAAUUUUUGUAGGGACAAUUGUGGCAGUUUCAGCGGAUUCCUUAGGACGAAAGCAAGUAUGCCUUGCGUAUGCGGUCUUUACGGUGAUUGAGUCUGUUCUAAAGCAAUGGGGACACCUCUACGCUCUUUGCCUUGCGAGGAUUUUCAACGGGUUGGCCUCGUCGGUGCUGCCUUGCGUUUUUGAGACAUGGAUGAUCUCAGAGCAUGAAAGGCAUGGUUUUCGUCAAGAAUGGAUGGUGGAAACGUUCCUGAUGAUGAGUUUUGGCGGAGCUAUCGCUUCACUUGGUACCACCGCUGUUGCAAACUUUUUCGUCACCAACUUGGGUUGGAAGCUAGGAGCACCAUCUGUUCUCUCCGCCGGUGCCGCAGUUAUUCUUUUUCUUUUCGUUUCGAGAUCCUGGGAUGAGAACUGGGGUGAGGAGAGUCAAGGAAAAAUCUCCAAGCCGUUGCUCCUUCCAUUUCGCGACAAAAAAGUCGUGACUUUGGGACUCGUACAAGGAGUUUUUGACGUAUCAGUGGCCGUUUUCUGGCUUCUCUGGGUGCCGACGAUAGUGGCCGAUGGUCGAGAGAUUUAUGUUGGAUCGAUAUAUGCUUGCUUGAUGGCCUCUGUUAUGGUGGGGACUAGUAUUGCUGCUUUCCUUUCAUCCUUCCCGUUGCUCACACCUGAGAGAUCUCUUGCUCUUGUGCUGGCUAUUGCAAGUAUCUGCUUAUUAGUCCCGGCCUACGAUUACCAGGAGAUUCCAGUGUUGGUGGCGACGUUCUGUGUGUUUCACAUAUGCGUCGGGAUAGCUACGCCUUUGCUAGCUUGCUUUCGAGCCUCAUAUAUCUCCAGUUCUCGUCGAGCAGGAGUUUAUGCCAUUUACCGUGUUCCAACUGACUUGGCACUCAUUCUUUUUCUAACUCAGGGCUCAAUCCGUCAGGCAUGGGAUAAUAGCACCAUCCUUUACACAUGCGGUUUAGCAAAUCUUGCAGCCGCGGGAGGGGUGCUUGCGCUGACAAACUCUUGGAAGAAACUCUAGAAAACCAUUUGUACGGAACUUCUCUCUAUCUACACGGUUGCUUGACGCUGGAGAAACUGGAAUUUACAGUCGAUGAAGCUCUCUCUCUCUCAAUCCUCGUUGAGCGGGACAAGGACGAGGAUGACAGAGCUGUAACUUAUCAUAGGAUAGAUUUGAGCGUUGAGAAGCGGGCUGUACUGCGCGUAUGCUGUUGCCAAAUCGGGGAUGUCGUCGGCUAGAAAGUCGUAAGGGGCGGGCUUGCUCGAGUCUACCACUGGCUGCCAUUUGAAGCCUGGCCUUUCCGGGAGAGUGACCAGCACUGGCAGAUGGCUCGUGUUAAAUGCAAUGUAAAGCUCUCGCUUCUUCGCAUCCACCUGCGAGAAUGUCAAUAGCUGUGUAAGGAAGUAUGAGAACUUAA